AGCUGCUCAUGGUCGUGAGGUGCUCUCCUCGUCCCGGAGAGUCCACGUCGGCGUUCAAGGUGUUCCGGAUGGCACAGCCCGAGGAAGACGACGACGGCGACGGCGACGCGCCCUUACUGGAUGGCCGGACGAUGCUGUUCGUCGGGGAUCCCUGCUCCAGAUCCGACGGCGACGUGGUUCGAUACAUCUGGAGGGAGCUGCCCUCGCUGGAGGGCAGGAUGCUGUUCGUCGGGCGCGGCUGCUCCAGAUCGUACAACACGGAUCAGUACCCCGGCUUCGAGGGCGGCGUCUACUUCUUCGAUCAUCGGAUUCCCGGGCAGGGCGGCGGCGCACCGGCGCUUUACCCCUGCAGAGACUGCGGGAAAUGGACGGGAAAACCUGCACUCCAGGUGGAGCUCUGCUUCCCGGAGCAAGACCCAUCGAACUACUCCUCUCAAGUUUGGUUGCUCAACGGGUAAGCUUGUUUGUGAUCCCCGACGUGUGCUUCGUCUCCAUUGUCUUUGUUUCUUUUUGCUGAGUUUGGAAGUUUGGAUAGUAUUGUAGUGCUGAGCUUGUAGUUUCUGAUUAGUCUCCAACCAUUAGCAGAAGCAGAACACCUUUUUCUAGUAUAAAUCUCUUGGCUAUUGCAGCUAUGAUCAAUGUGUACUACAAUUGCAGUGCACCGUUUGCUAAUGUGUGUUUCCCACUUAAUUGGAUGAUUCAGUCAUUAGUAUAUCUAUAUCCUGUGCUGCAACUGAUAUUCAGUGUGGACAUGUGCAUAUGGUUGUGCACUUGUGCUUAUAUUUUCUUUGACGAGUGCACAACGUUUUAAUUGAUAGAUGAUUGUGCACAUUUGCCUUGAACGAAUUGGAAUUUUAUGGUUUCUGAUAUUUGGUUAUGUAGCUCUGUCAGGGCUUCUCUGGUUCUCUUGAAAAGUUACUGAAUGAAGCGUGAACAUUGAGGUUCUAAACUGAAUGCAGAACCCAAAAUGGUUGAAUCUUGAUUUCUUUUGUAUUCUUUACCAUGAUGGAUUGAUUAAAUUUUCGGUCAAGCUUGGUUAUCCCUCUCUGAACUUCCUAUUGAAAACUCAACUCUGCAGAAUUCAGAAUUGCAUGUUGUCUUUUUGCUCUUUGGUACCUGCAGAUUCUGUUGAUUCUUUAUGGUUAAGAGGUUACCUGGUAGUGCAAUGCACAAGACAUGAUGCUUGCUAAGUUGGGCAUAGUAUAUUACGUUCAUGAUUAAUUCAUUUUGUUGGUAUCAUAUUUUCGUCUGAGGUAAGUAAGUAUGUAAACAUUCUGAACUGUGCUUGCAACAUGCAUCAGGUCACAGUCCAUUUUUGUAUUUCAGGUGAAAUAGAGAGCAAUUUUGUUUGAGGCCCUUAAGACUCGCAUUCUGAAUAGGCCGUUGUAACUGAACAUUUUCUUACCAUUUCUUGCUUUCUUUUGGUUUUGCAACCGAACAUUGAGUUAGCAUUUGUCGCAUUCCUCUUAAGGAUGUCAAAAGAAACUGGU